UGACGCUGACGGAGGGAAAAAAGAAAGAAGAAUGGCUUUCGGUACUGAACAACAGAAGGAUUUCGGACAGGGAUGAUGGAUGCAGUGUUGGGUGGGACUAUGGGCGUGCUUAAACAAGAAGUAACCAUGGUGACAGACAUGAUUGACAAGCUCAAGGGUAGAACUCUUCCGGAAAACAACCUUACGAGAAGUCUGGGCAAUGAAACUAACAGUAAAAAUGAAUCCUAUGGAUGUCGCCAUUGCCAAGAAAAAUUUUCGACUUUGCUAAGUUUACAGCAACACAUUGUAUGUGAUCACACCGAAGAACUCAGGACAGAGCUAAACCAAUACCAGAGCAAGAGGCAACGACCCAUGGAUGACGGUAGUGCAAUCCAUCCAAAGAAACGCAAAAUUUUAGAAGCUGUGAAAGCUUCACAGGAGUGUACGCAGGAAGGCAAGGAGAGUAGGGUUAAGAAUUUGGAGAAUGGAUUUCAGAGUAAUGAUGAAGAUGACGAUGAUGAGGAAGACGAAGAUAGGUUAGUCAUCAGCACCUCACCCCCACCUCCAGAAAACACCAGCAAUGAUUCCUCAACUGUAGAGGAAUUUAUGUCAUACAGACAUAAAAAGUUGAAGAGGAAAGAUUAUUUUGAGACAAAAGGUGAGGUGAAAAAAGAAGAGGAAGAGCUGGAAAAGGAGUAUGAGAAAAUCAUCAACAGAGCCAAGAGGGAAAUUGACCAAGAAAAUCAUGAAAUUCGGGAAAAAUUAAAAAAGUCUAAGUUACUGUACACCACUUCAAAGUUUCCAGGACAUGUCCAAACUGAUACAUCUCCUGAGCAGAUGAAUACCAUUCAACCAGGUCACAUGUUUGGUGGCGCAUAUAAUAUGUCACAUCAAGAAAAUAGGGUGCCUUAUCCACCAGUGCCAGCAAAUCCAGGGACCCAACAGUCAAUGUAUCCAGCCAUAAAUAUGAAUAUGUAUGGAAACUUUGCCAUGCCUAUGAAUUUUCCUCAUCACCCUAUGAUGUUUAUGAACCCUGGGAUGUUCAUGCCUCCAAUGACCUCAAGUCAACCUACAAAUUAUAUUCCACAAGCAAAUCCAAUUCCAACAUCUCCUUUGCCUUCUAAAGUUGAUUCUGUAUCAAGCCCAAAGAUGUCACCAAAAAGGCAUGAGUCUCCAAAGCCGGAGAAACCUAAAACAGCACGCCAGUCUAAACCAAACCGCCGAAACCAGAAAGUAGAACGAAAGGGAAGUUUAUCAGAUGAUAAAAGUCAAUCAGAUGAGAAGAGUGAGGUUGUUGAGAUUUAUGAAUGUAAAGUUUGCAGUAGAAAAUUUUCACAAGUUGGAAAUUUUCACAACCAUAUGAAACUCCAUAAUGAAAAAUCCUGUAGCUGUGGUAUCUGUAAGGUUGAAUUUAGUGAUAGUUAUGAACUACAGCGACACAUGAGGACCACCCAUACUGGAAGCAUGCCGUAUAAAUGUAACGAGUGUGAUCGAGAAUUUAGCCAGUACAAUAACUUGAGAAGACAUCUCCGCGUUCAUAGCGGGAAGUCGUACAAGUGCCAUAUUUGUGGAAGAAGCUUCAACGAAGUUUUUUACUUGGAAAUGCAUAUUGGUUCUCACACAGGAGAGAGGACAUACAAGUGUGGGGUCUGUAAUCUGACAUUUAGAGACAAUGCAGAGCUUCAGAAACAUGUAAAAACUCACAGUGCGGAUGAACUUCAUACUUGUGAUGUUUGUGGAAAAUCCUUCAGCAAAGCCUGUGUUCUUCGCCAGCACAAGAAGAUGCAUUUGGGAAUCCGUCCAUACAAAUGUAAUAUUUGUGAAAAAGCCUUCAUUCAUCGCCAUCAUUUAACAAUUCAUAUGCGCAUGCACAAUACUUCUAAGCCAUACACUUGCAAGUUUUGCCACAGGGAAUUUACCCAAACUAGUCACCUGUAUAAACACAUUGAAAAACAACAUGAAGAGGAAAUCGGGAAAGCUGUUGAUCUCAAAUUGAAGAACGGAAAGAAAGGCAUUCCAUCUGCAGCAGAAAUUGAAGAAUUAUUCUGCAAGAUACAAAGUCCGUCCAAUUUGUCAUCUGCGAGCGUUGAUAGUGGAAAUAUGGAUAAUGUUGGGAGACCGAGAAGUGACUCCAAUGUCAGUCAAGCAGAUUCAGCCAUAUCACUGCCAAGAUCUAAUGUGAGUCAGAUCUCUGUAGAAACUCCACCUCCUCAUGAAUAUUCAUCAACUCCUCAAUAUUCACCCAUAUCUUCAGCAUCUAGUCAAUGUGACAAUGAAGUAAGGUCUCAUACGCCAACCAAUGAAUUUCUUCAAGUUCAUUCAAAAUCUGGAAGUGUUCAAUCCAUGGAAACACAUUAUGAUGACCAGUCAGCAAAAGAUGUUAAUAAGGACCUAAUGUCUCAUACAAACACUCAGGAAUACUCCACAGGAAAUCCCAUGCAAAGCAAAAAUAAUAUGCUUAUUACAAACGAAAGCCAGAAUGUCCCCAAAUAUAAUCCAGAUAACAUCAAAAGUACAUGUUUUAAAACAGAGAAGUUUGAUAUUUCUCUAGAUGUUGGUCGAAUAACUGACACAGACCAAGUUUCCCAGGAUUCAAAGAUGUGUGCAAAGAAUUCAAGCCUGAAGUCUGCCUCAUCACCUUGCUCAAGUUUGUCAUCUGACUCAGCUGUAGGAAUUUCUGAUCAAGCAAGCCCGCCUUCAGCCAUUUUAAGUCCUGACAGAAUCAAAGAUGAAAAACAUGAAGAAAAAGAAGAAAAACCCAAAAAGAGAAGAAGAAGGAGAAAGAAAGUUGAGAUGAACAAUGAAAGUGUUCCAAUCAACAAUGGUCAGGCACCAGCUACAGACAACCAGAUUUCUAGCAUGCCCUCCAUGAUGCCAAGUAAUCCUACCGAUAUGCAGCAAAUGUAUCUCCUACAGAUGCAACACCUACAAGGCAUGCACAUGGCAUUGUUUGCCAACGCCAUGGCAAAUCAGACAUAUCCAAAUGCAACGGGGGCCAAAUACAAUACUCCUGCUACAACUUCCAAUGGGCUGCCCCCUACCUUUGGAUAUGGAAAUCCAAUGAACAUGUUCCCACGGGCAUCUCAGCCACAGGUGUUUCCCCCUGUUUCCCAGAGCGGAUUCCUCAACCCAACCAUAGAGACGAAUAGACCCAUGGACUUAAGUGUGGAAAAAUAGUGUUGUUUUUUUUUACCCCUCAGCAGUUGAAAAUUGCUUGCUCAGAAUAUAAGAUUCCACAACAC